AUGGUUGAAGAGAAAGUUCUCAUUGGCGUUAUCGGUGGAAGUGGUCUCUACCAUCUCGAUAAUUUGACGUUUGUAAAGUCUGUGAACCCAGAGACGCCAUGGGGAUUCCCUAGUUCUCCAAUUACCAUAGCCAGUCUACCCUCCGGCACAAAGGUCGCUUUCCUGGCACGACACGGUGUAGGUCAUUCAAUCAACCCAUCUGCGGUUCCAGGACGCGCAAAUAUCGCUGCACUCAAGCAUCUCGGUGUACGUGUCAUCCUGGCAUUCUCGGCUGUGGGCUCGUUGCGUGAGGAAAUAUCCCCUGGGUCUUUCGCGAUCCCCACACAGAUCAUCGAUCGCACCAAGGGUGUGCGGCCCGCAUCUUUCUUCCAAGACACGAGCAUCGUAGCCCACGCCAUGUUCGGCGAUCCAUUCAGCAACAAGUUUGUGAGCUGGCUCGAGCCACGCGUGCGCAAGGCGUUGGAGGCGGAAGGCCGUGGUGUGCAGCUCUUCACCGACAAAUGCAUCGUGUGCAUGGAGGGCCCACAGUUCUCCACCAGGGCGGAGAGCAAGAUGUAUCGCCAAUGGGGUGGAGAUCUCAUCAACAUGAGUGUGUUGCCCGAGGCCAAGUUGGCGAGGGAGGCGGAGCUGAGCUACGCCCUCAUCGCCACUGCGACGGAUUACGACUCGUGGAGACCCCAAUCCGAGGCUGUUACUGCUCAUGAGGUUUUCAAGACCCUCAAAGCUAAUGCGGACACAUCCCGUCUGGUCGCUGCUACCAUCCUAGACGAGUUGCAGGCGGCUAUCGAAGGAAACGAUGCAGAUGUGUUCUUAGAAGAAGUCGGCUCCAUGAAGUUCAGCAUCAUGCCCAGGUCGCACAAGCAAAACCCCGCCGACCGCAAGAAGUUGGCGUAUGUUCUCCCAGAGUAUUUCUCAGGAGACGAAACUGUCGAUAUCAGCUCAGCUUGA